GUCUGAUCUACGAGGAGGAGGGGGCUCUCGUAGAGCUGAUGAUAUGCGCCCUCAGACAGGCAGCACAGGCGAGCCCCCCUGUUGGGAGGACUCAGAGCAAGAAGCUUCUCAGUAUGAAGGAUAAGAAAGCCCAGGAGCAUGACCGGAGGCGCCUCACCAUGCACUUCAUCCCGUUACUGCCACAGCUGCUGGCCAAGUACUCAGCAGAUGCAGGGAUUGUGACUCUCCUUCUCAAAGCUCCCCUCUACUUUAACCUGGAGAUGUACAACAGCGUGCCUCGGCUGGAGAAGCAUCUGGACCAGCUGCUGUUUCAGUUGUGUGGGAUCAUGGAGAAGCACACGGCGGUCACUGUGCUGCAGGCUUGCUCCAACCUGUUCAGCGCCCUCUGUGCCGACUGCUACACCUUCUCCUCCCGCUCUCACCUGGCCUUCAGCCAGCUGCUGGACGGCCUGACCGAGUGCUUCAGCUCCUACCUGAGCGACCUGCUGCUG